AUGUCUGAUACAGCAGGUGGUAAUGCGCCGAAGCCGAGUAGCAGCGUCAAGCUCGUUCUGCUUGGUGAAGCCGCAGUUGGAAAGUCUUCGCUUGUCCUGCGAUUUGUGAACAAUGAUUUUCAAGAAAAUAAGGAGCCAACAAUCGGCGCUGCUUUCCUGACACAGAAAUGCACCCUGCCUACGCGGACAAUCAAGUUCGAAAUCUGGGAUACUGCCGGUCAAGAGCGAUUUGCCUCGCUUGCACCAAUGUAUUAUCGUAAUGCCCAGGCGGCUCUCGUGGUCUACGACGUGACAAAGCCAUCAUCAUUGACGAAAGCGAAACACUGGGUUGCUGAAUUACAGCGCCAGGCUAGCCCUGGGAUUGUCAUCGCUCUCGUCGGCAACAAGCUGGACUUGACCAACGACGGAGGCGAGUCUGCAGGCGGCUCGCGCUCACCGCCCCUGGAACAUGGAUCCGGCGAGGAUGAAGAUGGAGAAGAAGAAGAAGCGAACGAUGUAGGCGGAGGAGAACUCCCCGACUCGGGUGACGCGCGGAAGGUCUCGACGCGGGAAGCAAGCUCUUACGCUGAGGAGGAAGGCCUCCUGUUCUUCGAGACUAGCGCAAAGCUCGGAACUAACGUCGUUGACGUGUUCACGGCUAUUGCUAAUGCCAUUCCAGAGAGCAGCCUCAAGACAGGUCGCGGAACCGCAGGUGCCGGUCAAACAUCUUUGGGCAAUAGAUCCGCCGAGGAUGCGAGAGUCAAUUUGGGGGAACGAAACGCCGCUACUGCCAAGGAAGGAUGCGCUUGCUAG